AUGGCUAAGGAUACAAUUCAAGAUGCCGUACUAGUUACUCGAGCUUGGGAAUCUCGUAUAUUUGGAUCGAUGCACUUUGUAUCCUUCAAGAUGAAUGGUAUGAUAAUUAGUGAAGACGAAUAUAACUGGCCUUGGAUUAAACGGGACUGGAUAUUAAUUUCAAGAGGGACUGAUUACUUCUCAAUCGUUUAUUGUACCACGCCGCUUCUCAAAUUAUCUGGAAAUGCUGAACAUUUCGUUUGUGGUAUGACCUCGUCGAGGAUUAUACUCAGAGAAGGUUUGAUUCGGAUCAGCCAUCGUCUCGUGGCCAUCUCAGGUCUAGCUAGAAUAUAUAGCGACAUGAUUCAGAACCCUGCAUACGUGGCUAGAGGCUCGAGCUGGAUCGGUGUUGGAUAA